GGCCCCGCCACCAUGACGGACCGCUCCGCUUUCGACACCAAUGUCAUCACCAUGACCCGCUUCGUGAUGGAGGAAGGCAGGCGGGCGAAAGGCACCGGGGAGUUCACGCAGCUCCUCAACUCCCUCUGCACGGCCAUCAAAGCCAUCUCCACCGCUGUCCGUAAAGCGGGCAUCGCUAACCUCUAUGGAAUUGCUGGGUCUACCAAUGUGACAGGAGAUCAAGUAAAGAAGUUGGACAUCCUUUCCAAUGACCUGGUCAUUAACAUGCUCAAGUCAUCCUUCAGUACAUGUGUUAUCGUGUCAGAAGAAAAUAAAGAUGCUGUGAUAGUGGAAACUGAAAAACAGGGUAAAUACAUCGUCUGCAUAGACCCUCUAGAUGGCUCAUCAAACAUUGACUGUCUUGUUUCCAUUGGGACCAUCUUUGCCAUCUAUAAAAAGGUGUCCUCUGAUCAACCUUCUGGUAAAGAUGCUUUACAACCCGGGCGUAAUCUUGUGGCAGCUGGUUAUGCUCUCUAUGGGAGUGCCACAAUGUUGGUACUGGCCACUUCUUCUGGAGGUGUCAACUGCUUCAUGCUGGACCCGGCAAUUGGAGAAUUCAUUUUGGUGGAUAGGGAUGUGAAAAUCAAAAAGAAGGGAAAUAUCUACAGUCUCAAUGAAGGCUAUGCUAAAUACUUUGAUCCUGCAGUCACAGAGUAUCUCAAAAAGAAGAAAUUCCCUGAGGAUGGCAGUUCACCAUAUGGUGGGAGGUACAUAGGAUCUAUGGUGGCUGAUGUGCAUCGUACACUGGUGUAUGGAGGAAUCUUUCUGUAUCCUGCUAACUCCAAGAGUCCCAAAGGAAAGGUAAACUUGCAUAAGCCCAGAUAUAGAAAAUGUUACAUUAUCUAG